ACUAAAAAUGUUAAGGUUCGUUGACAGAUUGAAAGGUAGGUAUAUCAGAUCCAAAACAAAAUUAGGAUAAAGUCAAUCUGGAAGCAAAAUAAAUUCAUAGCUCUUACGGCUUCAGCAACACCCACUAAUUUUCAGUAUAUAAAGUAGAGUGAUCUCGUCUUUGUCACGACAAGGUGGUCAGGAGAGCAAAACUGAUCCUCCUCGGACACUGACAAAUAGCACCAGAAAUGGCUGUUGGAGGUUUUGGCGGCGUCGAUGGACCUGUCAGCAGCUUCAAUGGCAAGAUCACAGCUUCGGUGGUGAUCACCUGCAUUGUUGCUGCUUCAAGCGGCCUCAUAUUUGGUUAUGACAUUGGAAUUUCAGGAGGUGUGACAACUAUGCAACCAUUUCUCCAGAAAUUUUUCCCAUCAGUUUUAAGAAAAGCAGCAGAGGCUAAAACCAACAUCUAUUGCGUGUAUGAUAGCCAAGUUUUAACAUCCUUUACUUCUUCACUGUACAUUGCUGGUUUAGCUGCCUCACUGGUUGCUAGCCGCCUCACUGCGGCAAUUGGUCGACGAAACACAAUGGUCUUAGGUGGUCUCACCUUCCUUGCUGGUGCUGCCAUCAAUGGCGGCGCUGCUAACAUUGCCAUGCUUAUCUUCGGCCGUAUCUUGCUUGGAUUUGGGGUUGGUUUUACCAAUCAGGCAACUCCUGUAUACCUCUCGGAAGUGGCACCACCAAGAUGGCGUGGAGCUUUCAACACAGGCUUCCAAUUCUUCAUAGGCAUUGGCGUGGUGGCAGCCAACUGCAUAAACUACGGUACUGCUAAACGAAGUUGGGGGUGGCGCCUCUCUCUUGGCCUGGCCGUAGUGCCCGCUGCCAUCAUGACUAUAGGCGCCCUCUUGAUUUCAGACACUCCCAGCAGCCUAAUAGAACGAGGCAAAGUGGAGCAAGCCCGACAUUCUCUUCGAAAAGUCCGAGGGAAAGAUUGUGAUGUGGAAGCUGAGCUGGCUGAGUUAAAAAAGGCCAGUGAUGUAGCCAAUGAAGCAAAGAGAGAGCCCUUUGUUACCAUAUUUGAGAGGCAAUAUCGGCCUCACCUGGUUAUGUCAAUUGCAAUACCAUUUUUUCAACAGCUUACGGGGAUUAACAUCAUUGCAUUCUAUGCACCAGUUCUAUUCCAAUCAGUUGGCUUUGGAAAUGAUUCAGCAUUGAUAGCGGCUAUCAUAUUGGGGUUAGUUAAUCUUGCAUCAAUCCUUGUGUCCACCGGUGUAGUUGAUCGGUUUGGUCGCAGGUUUUUGUUCUUGGAAGGUGGAAUUCAAAUGUUUGUCUGUCAGGUAGGGGUGGCAGUUCUGCUAGCAGUUACAACAGGGGUUUCAGGCACAAAGGAAAUCAGCAAAGGCUACGCCAUACUGGUACUGGUUCUAAUGUGCAUCUACGCAGCUGGGUUUGGUUGGUCUUGGGGUCCUCUCAGUUGGCUCAUUCCAAGUGAAAUAUUCCCCAUUAAAAUCCGGUCCACGGGCCAAAGCAUCAGCGUUGCUGUCAACUUCGCCACCACCUUCGUGCUUUCCCAAACCUUCUUGACCAUGCUCUGCCACUUCAAAUAUGGCACCUUCUUGUUCUACGCUGCUUGGAUCGCGUCCAUGACCAUUUUCGUUGCCCUCUUCUUGCCCGAAACCAAAGGCAUUCCCCUCGACUCCAUGAAUUCUGUUUGGGAGAAGCACUGGUAUUGGCGACGCUUUGUUUCUGGUUAAUAACUUAAUGCCCACAUUUUCCCAUUGUUUCUUCGUUUUUACUUACCACAUUGGAUUAACGCGUACUUAAUGUAGUAGCUGUUAUAAAAAAUAAUAAAAAAAAAGAACAAGAAGAAGUAGUAGCUGUUAUUUUCCUUUA